GUUGCCGCAGUCGAGGUCACGACCCGUGAGUACACGGGAUGAACUGCAGGAUUGAGCGGGGAGUGUAAGACUUGUGAAGAACAGUCAGUGGAUCUUCCAUCGAGAGGUUUCUUUCGAGGGGCCGCACAGUUGGUCUUGACUCCAAUGGACAUCAGAGAGGUUCCCUAGACCGGUGGAAUGGAGAUACAACAUCCCUUGAACAACGAGGUCUAUCCCCUCAACACGGAGAAGCCAACGGCAGAGCCCACCAAGGAAGAGGAGGAUUACAAGGAGAACGGGGUUCUGAUCCGGAGUCCCAGGACCGCCAAAAAGAUCCUGAGGGCGGAUCGCAAGACACUGUCGAAAUUACGGAAGAAGGGCAAGAAACGCCAGGCCUCCUUCAUUGGACCCAUCGGUGAGGGCAAGGGACGGGACGGGGCUCCAGCCCUGCACUCAGAGGUGGACAAAACCGUCCCUUCAGGUCGAGAGAUUUGGAGCAAUAAAGUAGACUUCUUGCUAUCGGUCAUUGGCUACGUGGUUGACCUCGGCAAUGUGUGGAGAUUCCCCUACAUCUGCUAUCAGAACGGAGGCGGGGCCUUUCUACUGCCCUACAUUGUGAUGGCGAUGUUUGGUGGCAUCCCUCUCUUUUACAUGGAAUUGGCACUGGGGCAGUACCACAGGACCGGAGCCAUCUCCAUCUGGGCAAAGAUAUGCCCACUCUUCAAAGGAAUUGGAUAUGCAAUCUGUGUGAUAGAUCUGUACAUUUCCUUUUACUAUAACACCAUUAUCUCCUGGGCUCUGUUCUAUUUCUACUCAUCGUUCAAUUCCGUGCCUCCCUGGACCUCCUGCCAGAACGUGUGGAACACCCCCAACUGCACCAACUACUUCCUCAUGGGUAACGACACCUGGACCGAGUUCUCCGUCUCACCAGCUGAGGAAUUUUAUGUUCGCCAAGUGCUUAUGGCUCAUAAAUCGAAUGGUUUGGGUGAUGUUGGCGGUAUCAACUGGCACCUUGUAAUUUGUCUGAUCAUAAUAUUUACUGUGGUGUACUUCAGUAUUUGGCAUGGCAUAAGGACCUCUGGAAAGGUGGUGUGGGUGACGGCCACUCUGCCCUAUUUUGUGCUGUUCAUCCUCCUGAUCCGUGGGGCCACACUGCCAGGGGCUUGGAAAGGAAUCGUCUUCUACCUGCAUCCGCAGUGGAAAGAAAUGUUCGCCCUGCAGGUGUGGAUUAACGCGGCUACACAAAUUUUCUUCUCGAUGGGCCCCGGGUUUGGUGUCCUGAUAGCACUUGCCAGCUACAACAAAUUCGACGACAACUGCUUCAGGGAUGCAAUAAUCACCAGCUCUGUGAAUUGUUUGACCAGUCUCUUCGCCGGCUUUGUUAUAUUCACCAUCCUGGGCUACAUGGCAGAGAAGAGGAGCGAACAUGUUUCAGAAGUGGCCAAAGAUUUGGGACCGAGUCUUCUCUUCAUCUCCUGCGCAGAGGCAUUGGCCAACAUGCACGCAUCCUCCUUCUACUCAGGCAUCUUCUUCCUCAUGCUCGUCACUAUGGGUCUGGACACCACGUUUUUAGGUCUGGAAGGUGUGAUCACCGCAGUAGUGGAUGAAUAUCCGGACUUACUGAGAAAACGGCGAAAGUGGUUUGUGCUGGUACUGAUCGUGAUCUGCACUCUGGGAUCGAUGAGCACCCUCACGUUUGGUGGAGUAUACGUGGUGAAAUUCUUUGAAGUAUAUGCCACAGGAACCGCUGUUAUUGUUGUGGUGUUUCUGGAGGCCAUUGCUGUGUCUUGGUUUUACGGUAUGAAUCAAUUCUGCAAAGAUAUUGGGGAAAUGAUUGGGUUCAUUCCUGGGAAAUUUUGGCAGAUAUGCUGGGUCGUUAUUAGUCCAGUUUUUCUAAUGUUCAUCAUUAUCAGUUUGCUGUCAACUCCGAUAGAAAUUAAACUCUUUAAUUACACCUACCCUCACUGGACUAAAGUGUUGGGCAAUUUCAUAGGCGUAUCCUCAAUUAUCUGGGUUCCAAUCUAUAUGGUAUACAAAAUCAUCAUUACACCAGGAACACUUGGAGAGAGGAUCUCGAAAAGCAUAACGCCUGAGAGCAGUGUAAUCGUAUCCCCUACAGGUUUGGUCCACUAGAAUGCUGUUUGAUCAACAAUUAUUGGUGUGCUUUACUUCUUGGACUAACUGUUCCGAUCAGCAAGAGGUAUUACAAGGUCAAAGAACCAAACCCAGAGUAACAGCACGUCUCCAGAGAGCGCCUCUAACUGUAACUUUAGAGAUAUUAGUAUUUCACUCCAAAAUAUGUUUAAAUUGUCUUUUUAUUGUACUGGGACAUAUUACGUAUUGAAAUUACUUAAUAAGAGUUAGACAUUCUAA